AUGGAGCAUUUGAAUGGGGUUAAGAAAUACUUAACCUCUAGGAAGGCUGUUAUGAAGGUUUUAAAUAAUCUGAAGCAAAUGGAAACUAAAUUUAUCACCUCUUGUUUCGACAACGGCAUUGAUGAUGGUGAUGUGAUUAGUAUGUUAAGCUUGCCUUCGAGGCAACAUCCCAUCGCUUCACAAAUCGAUGAAAAUCUGAACCGAUUGAGGGCACCCCAAUCGGCCUCUACAUCAUCGUCAGUAGGAGAUAAACUGAACUGUCUUCAAGAUUUGUAUGACUAUGUCGAUAUGUUUCUUCAGUUGCCCCUCUCUCAACAAGAUCUUGCUCAGGAGCCGCAAAGGAAAUUGGUUGAUGAGCCUUUGGAUGGAUCUCUCUUGCUCCUGGAUGUAUGUGGAACCGCUAAAGAUGCCUUGCAGCAAACAAAGGCAUCACAGGCUGAAUCCUUGUUGUCCUUUAUUUCAGGGCCAGAGGCUGAAUCCUUGUUGUCCUUUAUUUCAGGGCCAGAGGCUGAAUUGAAAUCAAGCCGGUGGUCACUAGUCUCAAAGUUAAUACACCAGAAAAGAGUAAUGUGCGAGGAAGCAGAACAAAAAACAAAAGAAAUUGCAAAUGCUGAAGCUGCGUUGCGUUCCUUCAUUAAAUCUGGAAACAUGAAGCAUGUCGAGAGUGUGCAAAAUGAGCUCCAAAACACAGAGAUGUGCAUCCAAGAUCUUGAGGAAGGUCUUGAAAGCUUCUUCAGGCGUUUGAUCAAAGCUAGAGUCACUGUCCUCAACAUCCUCAACCGUUAA